UGAGGUGACGGCGGGCGGCGGGGGAGGGGGAGGGCCGGGCGUGGGGCGGCGUUACCGAGCCGCGGGCUGAGCUCCCCGGGCCGUGUCCGCGGGGGGAUAACGCGGUGCUGCCGCUCCGGGAGCUGCGGGCUUCCCUCAGCAUCUCGCCGCCCUGCCGGCGGGGGGUGGCUGGGCCGGGGACCGAAAAGCUGCUGGUUGGGGGCAGAAAUGCGCGCUGCUUGCGGCUCCUCCGGGAGGAGAGCGUCGGGAAGAGCCGGAGGUUCCGCCGGAGGAUGUAGCCUGAGCAAGCCCUGCUCACCCCAAAAACAAACACAGACCUGGUGCUUCCUGCUCAUUUAAUGGUAUGGACUUUGGCUGCUGAAAGAUUUGUUUGUAAAUGCAUCAUAAACAGACAACCCAGAAUGAAGAAAGCAAGCAGGAGUGUUGGCUCAGUGCCCAAAGUGCCUGGAGUAAAUAAAACUCAAACAACUGAAAAAAACAAACCAGAGAACGGCUCCUCAUUGUCUGCAGUAACAAAACUCUCCAAAACCGGGACAUCAGCAUCCCUUUUGAAGACUAAGAGUAACGAUGACCUCUUAGCAGGGAUGGCUGGUGGCGGUGGAGUGACAAUGACCAAUGGUGUCAAGGCAAAGAAGAGCACUUGUGUAUCAACAGUGUCUUCAGCUGCAGGGACAGCCAUGAACAGUCUGGAAAAUAAGCCUAAAACAGUUGCAGGUACAAGUUCCACAACUAAGCGUAGCACUUCAUCUGGAAAUAAAGACUCAGGCUCUUCUAGAGAGAGAAUACGUGAUCGUUCCCGUUUAAGCCAGAGUAAAAAAUUACCUUUGACUGGACAGGGGACCAAUGAUACAGUACUGGCAAAACGUUCCCGUAGUCGCACCAAUCCAGAAUCGGAUAUUCGAAUGAGUAAGUCCAAAUCAGACAAUCAAAUCAGUGACAAAGCUGCAUUGGAAGCAAAAGUGAAUGAUCUUCUGACAUUAGCAAAAACUAAAGAUGUGGAAAUCUUGCACCUGAGGAAUGAACUAAGGGACAUGCGUGCCCAGCUGGGACUUAAUGAAGAUCAAGUUGAAGGUGAUGAAAAAUCUGAAGAAAAAGAGGCCAUUGUUGUCCAUCAGCCAACUGAUGUAGAGUCUACGUUGCUACAGUUACAGGAACAAAACACUGCCAUCCGAGAAGAGCUCAACCAGCUGAAGAAUGAGAAUCGAAUGUUAAAAGACAGACUGAAUGCAUUAGGCUUUUCUUUGGAACAAAGGCUGGACAACUCUGAGAAACUCUUUGGCUAUCAGUCUUUGAGUCCUGAGAUUACAGCUGGCAACCACAGCGAUGGUGGUGGCACUCUGACGUCUUCAGUGGAAGGUUCUGCCCCUGGAUCAAUGGAAGACUUGUUGAGUCAGGAUGAAAACACUUUGAUGGACAAUCAACAUAGUAACUCCAUGGAUAAUUUAGACAGUGAGUGCAGUGAAGUUUAUCAGCCACUGACAUCAAGCGAUGAUGCCUUAGAUGCUCCAUCAUCUUCAGAGUCUGAAGGUGUACCAAGCAUAGAAAGAUCUAGGAAAGGAAGCAGUGGCAAUGCGAGUGAAGUGUCCGUAGCUUGUCUGACAGAACGGAUACAUCAGAUGGAAGAGAACCAACACAGUACAGCUGAAGAGCUCCAAGCCACGCUUCAAGAGCUUGCAGAUUUGCAACAAAUAACACAAGAGCUAAACAGUGAGAAUGAAAGACUGGGAGAGGAAAAAGUAAUCCUCAUGGAAUCUUUGUGCCAGCAAAGUGACAAGUUAGAACACUUCAGCCGUCAGAUUGAGUAUUUUCGGUCCCUUUUAGAUGAACACCAUAUUUCAUAUGUAAUUGAUGAAGAUAUGAAAAGCGGUCGCUACAUGGAGUUAGAGCAACGUUACAUGGACCUCGCAGAGAAUGCACGCUUUGAGCGAGAGCAGCUGCUAGGUGUUCAGCAGCACUUGAGCAACACGUUGAAGAUGGCAGAACAAGACAACAAGGAGGCCCAAGAAAUGAUAGGGGCAUUAAAAGAACGAAAUCACCACAUGGAACGGAUUAUUGAGUCAGAGCAGAAAAGCAAAACAGCAAUAGCAUCUACCUUAGAGGAGUACAAAGCCACAGUAGCCAGUGACCAGAUUGAGAUGAACAGGCUGAAAGCUCAGUUAGAGCACGAAAAGCAGAAAGUGGCUGAGCUGUAUUCUAUACACAACUCUGGAGAUAAAUCAGAUAUACAAGAUUUGCUGGAGAGUGUCAGGCUGGAUAAAGAAAAAGCAGAGACAUUGGCCAGCAGCCUGCAAGAAGAGCUGGCACAUACUCGCAAUGAUGCCAACCGGUUGCAAGAUGCCAUUGCUAAGGUUGAAGGUGAAUACAGAGUGUUCCAAGAAGAAGCCAAAAAACAAAUUGAGGAUCUUAAUGUGACUCUAGAAAAACUUCGGACAGAGCUAGAUGAAAAAGAGACUGAGAGAAGUGACAUGAAAGAAACUAUCUUUGAGUUGGAGGAUGAAGUAGAGCAGCAUCGUGCUGUGAAGCUUCAUGACAAUCUCAUCAUAUCUGAUUUAGAGAAUACAGUUAAAAAACUUCAGGACCAAAAGCAUGACAUGGAAAGAGAGAUAAAGAAUCUUCACAGGAGACUCCGGGAGGAGUCAGCAGAAUGGCGUCAGUUCCAAGCUGAUCUACAGACUGCAGUGGUUAUAGCAAAUGAUAUCAAGUCUGAGGCCCAGGAAGAGAUAGGGGACCUAAAGCGUCGAUUACAUGAAGCUCAGGAAAAAAAUGAGAAGCUCACUAAAGAGUUGGAGGAAAUAAAGUCACGCAAGCAGGAAGAGGAACGUGGCCGAGUAUACAAUUACAUGAAUGCCGUAGAGAGAGAUUUGGCAGCUCUGAGACAGGGAAUGGGCCUGAGUCGCAGAUCAUCCACCUCCUCAGAGCCAACUCCUACUGUAAAAACACUCAUCAAGUCAUUCGAUAGUGCCUCCCAAGUUCCAAGCCCUGCUGCUGCCACAAUUCCUCGCACUCCGCUGAGUCCAAGUCCCAUGAAAACGCCCCCAGCUGCUGCUGUAUCCCCUAUGCAGAGGCAUUCCAUAAGUGGACCGAUUUCCACUUCAAAACCCCUUGCUACACUGACAGACAAAAGACCGAGCUACGCUGAAAUCCCUGUUCAAGAACAUUUGUUGAGAACGUCUUCUACCAGCAGACCAGCAUCUUUGCCAAGAGUACCUGCUAUGGAAAGUGCCAAAUCUAUUUCGGUGUCUCGAAGAAGUAGUGAAGAAAUCAAACGGGAUAUCAGUGCACCUGAUGGAGCAUCUCCAGCAUCUCUCAUGGCAAUGGGUACCACCUCCCCACAGCUAUCACUCUCAUCUUCCCCUACAGCAUCAGUCACCCCUACAACCAGAAGUCGAAUAAGGGAAGAAAGGAAAGAUCCCUUGUCUGCCCUAGCAAGAGAAUAUGGAGGAUCCAAGAGAAAUGCUUUGCUGAAGUGGUGCCAGAAAAAAACAGAAGGCUAUCAGAAUAUCGACAUAACAAACUUCAGCAGCAGCUGGAAUGAUGGCUUAGCUUUCUGUGCCGUCCUCCACACGUACCUCCCAGCUCAUAUUCCCUAUCAAGAGCUAAACAGCCAGGACAAGAGAAGAAAUUUCACUUUGGCUUUUCAGGCAGCUGAAAGUGUUGGCAUCAAAUCUACUCUGGACAUCAAUGAAAUGGUGCGAACUGAACGUCCAGACUGGCAAAAUGUCAUGCUGUAUGUUACAGCAAUUUACAAAUACUUUGAAACCUGAAACCCUAAUAAUUCAAAAGAUUCAUGGGAUAGAACCAACAUUAGCUACCAGAUCGAAAUCUUACUGAAAUGCUAAUCCCCAUUUCACUGAAAACUGGCAACAUUUGAGUCCCCUCAAACUUCAGUGACACUGUUCUGGAUUGCUUCAGAUUGCUUCAGCUACUAAGCUUGGAAACAACUGUUCGAAAGCAAGAACUUGUUGCCACGCUUCUUGGAAUAACCCAAGUUAUUAAGCUAUUCAGAUUAAUUAUGUAGCCUAAAGAGCCUGGACUACUGAUGUACUGCCUUUCCAGCCAGACUUCCUGAAGCUUUCUUUCCUAAGAGAGUGAGGUGAAUAGAUUCUGUAGCAUAUAGGAAACUAAAUGUACAGCUAAUGCUUUGAGAAGGAAAAGGAUAACAUGGCAUCAUAUUACUGAACUUUCUGUAGUGUCCUGAUACCACAGAGUCUGAAUCUUCCACCCACGGCCUAUGGCACCCCAAGACAGUAGAGUUCUUAAUGAUGAUUUAGUUAUUGCCUUUACUGCUAUUUUCCCUCCUUCAAAAUGUGCACAAUAUUCUAGGAAAACAAGCUUUUGUUCCAUAACGACAACUUGAGUGGAAGAGUGGUCUUGAUACCUCGAAUAAUUUGGCACAGAAGAACUCUUCAUUCUAAAACUUCGUUAUAAGCCUACCUCUGUCACAGCGAUGUGGCUUCCAACUUGAUCUUAUGGAUUGUAAAGACUAGCCACGUACAGCUCCUGGUUUUCAGGGUACGCUGUACUUAAAGGGAUCUGUCACAACCUCCCUGUGCUUCCAUGAUAACAGAAAUGAAUCAAUAAUCAACCCUUGUAUGGUGUGUUCUUUCCCCUCUUCCUUCUUUGCCUGUAUAGCAUGCACAGCUACCCCAGGCUUUACUUCGCAGCAAUACAAGCAAACAUCAUGGAUAUCUGUGGUAGAAUUUUGGAACUGGGAUAGCAUUUCCUCUGCAGAGAAGAUACUUUCAAUAAGAUGUAAUAAUGAAGUAAUUUGUCUCAAAAUCCAGCUUUGCCAUGUUUCCUGUGUGUUUUUUUCGUUGAUGUCGCACAUCUUUAUCUGACUGACAGAAGGUGAGAUGUUCUCUGACAAGAACUGUGGAGGAACUAAUGAAAUGUGUGAAGACCCAGUAGUCUUGAAUAUUGCGUGGAAAAGACUCACUGUCACAAGGAAGGAAUUGAGAAACUUUAGUCUUGAUCAGCUUUUAUUUUCCUAAAAUGUACCUGAAUUCAUGUAACAGCUCUCGGGCAAAAGAGUUCAAGUAAGUGCCUUAGCUAUCAUUGAAUUGAUACAUCCUGGCACUUCAGGGCUUUGUAAAGAAUGUUAAUGGCUCAGAAUGAUUUCAUCUAUCCAUUUGUCAUAAGCUGUUAAAAUGUUUGUUGUAACCUUGUUUGUCAAAUUGAGGGAAGGCUUCACUCUGCCAUUGCUUCUGCCUCCUGUUUUUCCGAAUAUUUAGCAGCAGUUAAGCCACAGUUGAACAUGUCUUAUUAAUAUUAAGCAGAAGCCUACUUUAGAAGUGAGUUCUGUAACAACUGCUAUUUAUAAGCACAUGCUCUUUCAACACAGUAACCCUGUUAUUAAGAAAAUUAAUCUGCCAUUCCUGUGGUGCUCUUAUGACUGUUAAGGACAGUUUGAAUGUCAUGGAUGUUAACCCGGUGAAUGCAUCCCUGCUUGGUAUCUGUGAAACUUCAUCAUGGUAUAAAAGCACAGAUUUAACUCAGAAUUAUUGCCAAAUCUCAAAAGCUAUCAUUUGAAGAACAUAGCCCACGUGAAAAAUAAUAAUUCAGCAGUUAGCAUUAGAUAAAAUUACUUCUUACAGUGCUUGCACUGACAGGUCUGUAACACAGUAAAAAUGUGGUUGUGAGAAUUAUGAAAAGUUGCUAAAUAACUACUUAAUCCACAAUGAGGGUCGUUGGAGAAGUUUUCAGAGCAGCAGUGUCUCAUACAUCCUUACAGUUCUUUAGACCGAAUGUCCCUAAAAGUAGCUAGAUACCCUCAGAUUAUCAGUUGGUACAUUUGAAGAGCCAACAUUGUCUAAAGACAAUUGUUGCAAGAGAGGCUUCGAAUGAAGAAUCUUCAUUAACAGAUUUUAAUAAGUCUGAAAUACAAUUCCCUCUCCCGUACGUUUCUUCUAAUAUUUUUAUUUUACUUCUUCAAAUUAGUCUCAGUAAGAAUAGUCCUAUAGGAAAUACCCACUCUUGCUGUUUCACAUUGCAUGUCUUACUAAAUUCCAGUUUGUGCACAUUUGUGCUUAAAAAUCUCUGCUCUUCCCUUCAACAGACAUCCUUGUCUGUGAUUCUUAUUCAUUGCCAUAUAUUUUAAGAAAAUAUUUUUCUAAUGAAAAGGACAACAUUUUUUCUCUAAAUCUCUAAAUCCACUAAUGACCAGUUGAAUUUUUAAGCUGAUUUUUUUCUAUCUAAUUGUCAACUUCGUUUACCCAAAAUAUUGUACUAGUCUUUAACCAAAAUAACACUUAAUGGUAUAGCCAUUUGUAGAAGGGGAAAUCGCAUUUUUCAGAUAACCUUCAUUUAAAAGAUGAGCUGCUUGUCUUCAGAGAGAGAGAGAGAGAAGUUAUGAGUAAUUAUAGAAAAGAUCUUAUUUUGAACUUCAUAGCUCUGCAAACUUCUUCUUGGUGUGGUCUGUCUGAUUAAACCUCUUAUCUGUAAAGGAAUACUGGGCUCCAUAAGAUUUUUUUUUUAUAAAGAUAUAUCUGAGCCUUUACAAAUAAGAUGCCAUACAGCUGUCCAAGUGACCAUAAUGAAGCAAUGAAAGUUAUCAAACAAACAAAAUACCCUGCUGCAUUCUACUACGUGUUUUUUUCUAAAGGUUCAAACGGCAUUUAAUUUUUCAAAUAGAAGGAUAGCUGUAGUCCUUCUGGAUGUGGGUGAUACUGUUCUACUUGGUUCCUACUUACACUUAAUCCUGAAACAGCCUGUUGGUUUUUUACAUACAAAGCGAGGUUUCUGCUGAUUUACUUUCCUCUCUUUUUCAGUCCAGAAAAUAUUUCAGAAUGUAGUUUAAAAAAAAAAAAAAAAAUUAUCAUCUGUUUAUAUUACUGCAUUUUAAUAUGUGCCUUGCAAAUGCCUGUGCUGUAGUAUAUCAGGGUUACUCAUUGCCAGCUGCAGGGGUGGGGGGCAAAAUUGAUCUGUCAAGCAUAUUGAUGUAGAUACAGCUAUGUAAUCUUCUGGAUCCUGUUUACUGAAACACUUUCACAGACUACAGAGAUGUCAGGUUAGAGCCAGAUGUGCAUUGGGGUUGGCUAGAUGUCAUCCUGAUGCAAGAUCAUAAACAAUGAACUGAGCAAACACUUGUGGGGUUUUCUUUACCAAAAAGAAGGGAUGGAAAAAAAGAUAAAUUUUGGUAAUUCAGGAAAAUUUCUGUCAGUGAAUGAAGUUUUGGUACAGAGUGUCUAACAAUAAUGGAAUUGCGGUGACUUCAGAAUGAUUUAUACUUGACUUGGUUUUCAGUUGGUUUGGUUUGAUUCGAUUUGAUGUGGUUGUCUUGUAUAUUUAAAUGGAAACACUAAUUCAGUACCUCUGUUGUGAAUCUCAGUGACUGUCACAAAGACCUUUCAUUCUUAUGCCUGAAAAAUUGUGCACAAAAUUUUCCCUUUUAAAAUUGUGUUUGUGGAUAGAUUAUCCAGAAUAUAGUAUUUAUUCACUACGUAUUCUGAUUUAAAAGUAGUUUUCUGUCUCUUUUGCAUAAAAUAUGUUCAUCAAGUUACACUUAUCACUUAUUGGAUAAUUAUUGAUGAUUUCUCUCCAGUUCUGUAAAAUAUUCCCACUGUUUUUGUGUUUAUGGGAAAUUUGUUAUCAUGCUUUUGUUCAUUCCUUUAUUUGCCAGAGCAAAACAAACUCAGCUUUGAUAUGUUGGUUAUUAAUGCACCAGCUGCUGUUAAUGCUGCUGGCUGCCGGCAGGUUCCGGUCAUACCUGCGCAAGGAGAAACAAACACUUGCUCUGGUGAUGCGCACGGUGCAGUGGUUUAAACUGCUGAGGAUCUGCCUUAAGCAAUUUAUAGCUGAGGCAAAAAAUUCUCCUUGGUGUCUCCCUUCUGCUAAUGAUCUCGGUGUUAAAUUCUUUGUUUGUUUUUUCCAGUUCCCUGAUUGAACACUUUAGACAGUUAAAAACUGACCAUUUGGAUUCUAUUGCAUCUUUUGCAUGACCAAAACCGUACUUUUUCUCAAAUCUAUCAAUUUCUAUACAGUUUUCACCUAAGUACAAAUUUUAUUUUAGCCUAGUUCCAAACAAGAUCAUUUGGGAAGUUGGAGAUAUGGAAAACUUCUGGGUGUUUUUCUUACUUUGUUCUGCUUGUGACCGGCUUGGGAACACUGUCUGGUUUUUAACUGAUAUGUGACAGUCUCUUCUAAAGCUGCCCCUCCUGACUGGCUGGCUGGCAAGAAGUUAUGCACAGGCUAAAGCUAAGCCUUUAAUACUGUGUUUGUAUGACUCAUGUGGUGACUUUACCUCUUAUUUGCCUAUUACAACUAACACAGUCACAGUCAAGCUGCAGGCUGCCUUGAGCAGGAGCUAUUAGAGAGCACAAUUCUUCUGGGAAGGAGGCCAGUUGUAUACCUGACACCAGUUUUUGCCUAUUAUGAGAAAUACUCCUGUUGAGGUGGCCUAAGAAAUGGAAUUUUAAAAUAGUGUUUGUGUACAGGUUGAUUUAACUAUAUAGUUUGUUUGUGGUCCUUCCCUUGACUUGGCAAAUAUUUAUUUCUGUGUUAUUUUUAUGUUCUGCCAAGCUCUAUUUCUGCAAUCCCUUUAAGCUAGCAGUAGUGUAUGAAUACUUAAUAAAAUUAACCAGUUUGAGAAGUGAUUUGGUGGGAAGUGCUGUCAGAGUAGUCAUCUAUGGGUUUUAGACAUGGUGCUGUGCUUUCCCAGGUUAGUGUGUGUUGAUUGGCAAAAUACAUUAGAACUGCUCAACUCUUCUUUUACUUCCUUACCUCCCAUAUGGUCUGCCUCACCCCAGGGGAUCCAUCAGGUGUUCCUGCUCCAAAUUUACCAACACCUUAGACGUGUUGCGGGUUCAUAGGCAUCUUUCAGAACGUUUAAUUGUCUCCAUUUAGAAAGGUACCUCUAAUAGUGUUUCUGCCUUCAAAGGAGAGUGACUAGCUGGGUUUUGGAUUACUCUUUGGCUUACUGAGCUUGUCCAGUCCUUCAUUCAGCUAAGUUUUUUUCUGUAUGUUCCCUAUUAUUUCAACAUCAGUGUUGAAGUAUGCUUGGUAAUUGUCAAAUCGAUUAUGUUGAGCAUCUGGAAUAUGUAGCAAGUACACUUCUUGAUAAUUAAUACUAAAUAACUAAAGUUCAAGUUUUGUACGCUUCUGAUUUCUGUUAAUGUUGACAAGAAUGUCUUUUUUUCCUUAUGUGCUUGCCAGUUUUUGGGCCACAACACCCCUGAACUCAGUUUGACGAGGCCACUAUCCUGGCCUCCAUAAAUGAAUUCAUUCUGUGAAAAUAGACGUGUUUCCUCACACUGAGACUUCAGUAACACCUACGAAUACUAGAUGACUUCCUUCCCACUGACAUUCAUCUUUUAUUUGGAAUAUUCCUUACUCUUAGGCCACUGUCUGCCAGAGUUACAGAUAAAGUUGCCAUCAGUUCCAGCAGGACUUGUGGAUCCAAAAUGGUAGGGGAAAUUACUUGCAGCAUAUUAUGGCAGCCUGAUGUUAGUAAGCUUGUUUCAUUUUAAUUCCCAAUUUUUAGGGGGUUUCAGUUUAGUCAACAUCACUUACUCAAAGCUGAAAUGUGGCACAUUUUUUCUCCACUGGGAAGUAUGCUUCUGUUUAAUAAUAUUUUUAUGAGAUUGUAUUUAUGAAAACUAAAAAAUGUUGUGAAGCUAGUUUUAUUGCACUUUUCUAAGGCUUUUGUAUUUUGCAUAGUGUUCUAGAAUAUGAACAAGUUGUUUGGGGAAGUUAAGGUUUGAAACUUAACUCUGCCCCAGCUUAGCAAUGUAUUAUGUGCAUUCUUAUUCUAGUGGCGUAUGUAUUAUUUCAAUUGCAUGUGACAUGGGUAUUUAUAUGGUAGUUCCGAAGCCCAGUGGACAUUUCCUGCUGCAGAGGAGCCAUUGGCAGUCCUGGUUCCACAGUUCAUGAACUGACCUGUUUUGACAGUAGACUGCAUUUGCAAUAAUGGAAUAGCUGAUUAUUUUUUUUCCUGAACUCUUUCAAUAAAUGGGGAAGAAGAGGCUCUUCUUUUUUGUUCCAUUGUUGAAGUUUCUCUGGAGGCUUUUACUGGUUUCCAAUGAUUGCAUAUGUUCAGCUAGGAUGAUUACUUGGGAAUCAGCUCAGUAAAGAGGGCACGAGUACACGUAACAUACUCAAGUAAUUAAUCCUCAUAACUUGCAACAUUUCAGUUUGUUAGGAAAUUGUUUUUACAUGUAUAGUAGGGUCAUUUUUACUAUUUUUAAGUAGCACUUUUAUACUUAUCUGAAGGGUUUUUUGAACAGAAAUGUCUUCUGUAUGUUAUCUAAUGGAAAGAAAGUAUAACACUAUGAAACAAAACAUAGAAUAGCUAGCUUCCAGACCAUCAGUUCACUUUAGGUCAGUAAUGAUCAAGAGUUGUUCAAUGUGUAUGAAAUAUAUCAGUGAUCCCAUUUAAUAUUGGGCAACUCUCCAGAUCAAAGUCAGAAGGGCAUUAAUUGGUACCCUCUAGCUCAUGGAUGUGAGGGUACUUUCAGUUCAGGUGUGAGGCAGAAUUGACAGAACAGUGUGAUGAAUUUUGGACUUCAUGAAAAAAAAAACAAAAUUUUAUCGAUGUCUCAGUCUAACUUCACAGCACUAUAUUGGAUAAGGACUAACCUUGUUUGAAUAGACACCACAGCCAGUACUAAUAUCUCCUAAAUAACUAAUUUAAAGCUCGUUUUCCAUGGCCUUUAAAGAUGACAUAAAAAAACAGUAGCUCUUCUCUUCCAUCCUGCUUUUCUGAUUUGUGUUGGUUUUAUACUCAUUUGAAACACAACUGUUAGACUGACCUAACAGCACGUCUAUGGAUUUGAUAAUUCUCAUUCUAAACAAGCACUUUUCUCUAUUCCAAAACCCUUGCAAAUGGUUUACUUGCACAUUCACAUACAUUGUUUUACAUAAAUGUGUAUUUAUAUGUACAUAUAAAUACACACAUGCAACUGUUUGUGUGUGUAUAUGUACAUAUGCAGAUUUUUAAUAAAACUGAACAUCUUUCAAGAAGUGCUUGAUUCUUUAAUACUUAGGAUGGUGUAGUAGCUUCUGCAUUUAAAAGGUAAGGAGGAAAAAAGUAUUUUGUUUCUGGUUAGAUCUGAGAAAUAUAGUUUUGAGGAAAAAUUGUAAGUGUGUUCAAAUUGUAUUUCACUCUGUUUCUGGUUUGAAAGGCACAACCUGUUAGGUAUUGGAACUUAAAAGGUCAGCAAGUGUAUUUGAAGCUAAACCUUUUGGAGGACCAAUAUGCUUUUAGUUUGCAAGGACCACUAAAGAUCUGGGCAUUUACUUUCUACAUAAUGUAUUCUGUAUAAGUAUUUAGUAUGUAUGCCUUCAAUUUGCCAAUGUUGCCAUGUUUUCUUCUUAAUUAUUCAUGAAAUAAAGAUUGCAAAUAGCAAAAUGUGUCUUUGUUUUCUUG